CUGGACGCGCUGGGUGGAUGCGGGGGGCUCCUGGGAACUGGGUUGGAGCCGAGCUAGCGCUAGCCAGGCGCAAGCGCGCACAGACUGCAGCCGAGGACCACCACCACCACCGUACCACCACCCCCAGGCCACCCGGAGACCCCCGUGCAGGAUCCCCUCUGGAUCCCCGGCAGCCGGCGGGAGAUGAUGACGAGGACGAAGAGGAAGAUGAGGAGGAGGAAAUUGACGUGGUGACCGUGGAGAAGCGCAGGUCCUCCUCCAACAGCAAGGCCGUCACGACCUUCACCAUCACCGUGCGGCCCAAGAGCGCAGCCUUGGGUCCUGGGAGGGCCCAGUCGGGGGAGCUGAUCCUCAAACGCUGCGUCCCCAUCCACCAGCAGCACAACUACGCCGCCCCCUCCCCCUACGUGGAGAGCGAGGACGUGCCGCCCCAGAAGAAGAUCAAGAGCGAAGCGUCACCCCGUCCCCUUAAGAACGUCGUCCCCCCGAAGGCCAAGAACUUGAGUCCCCGCAACUCUGACUCGGAGGACAGCGAGCGCCGCCGGAACCACAACAUUCUGGAGCGCCAGCGCCGAAAUGACCUGCGGUCCAGCUUCCUGACGCUCAGGGACCACGUGCCAGAGCUGGUGAAGAACGAGAAGGCGGCCAAGGUGGUCAUUUUGAAAAAAGCCACCGAGUACGUCCACUCCCUUCAGGCUGAGGAGCAUCAGCUUUUGCUGGAGAAGGAGAAGCUGCAGGGAAGGCAGCAGCAGUUGCUAAAGAAAAUCGAACACGCUCGGACUUGCUAAACGCUUCUGGAAACCGGACAGUCACUCUGCCACUUUGCACAUUUUGAUUUUUUUUUUUUAAAAACAAACCUUGUGUUGACAUUAAGAAUGUUGUUUUACUUUCACAUUGGUCCCCCCAGCGAGUUUGGAUCUGGGUGGGGAGCAGGACGUGUGGGGUUCUGCCCGGGGACCUCGGGAGAGGGCCCACCUGAUGGGAUGCUGGGUGGCCCUUGCAGUUUUCCUCCAUGUCGCCUCCAAGACCGCGGUCGAAGUUCUUGUGACAGUUGGGAGCCUCUGGGCUGUUGAAGUCACCUUGUUUGUUCCAAGUUUCCAAACAACAGAAAAGGCAUUCCUUCUUUUUUAAAAUGGUGCUUAUGUUCCAGCAGGUGGUCACGUGAGGGGCUUGCCAUUUGGUAACCCCUGGGGAACAUUUCUGUAAAUACCAUGGACACACCCGCCUUUUGUAUACGCCCUGGGUAAUGAGAGGUGGCUUUUGCGGCCAGUAUUAGACUGGAAGUUCAUACCUAAGUACUGUAAUACCUCAAUGUUUGAGGAGCGUGUUUUGUAUACAAAUAUAUUGUUAAUCUCUGUUAUGUACUGUACUAAUUCUUACACUGCCUGUAUACUUUAGUAUGAUGCUGAUACAUAACUAAAUUUGAUACUUAUAUUUUCGUAUGAAAAUGAGUUGUGAAAGUUUUGAGUAGAUAUUACUUUAUCACUUUUUGAACUAAGAAACUUUUGUAAAGAAAUUUACUAUAUAUAUAUGCCUUUUUCCUAGCCUGUUUCUUCCUGUUAAUGUAUUUGUUCAUGUUUGGUUCAUAGAACUGGGUAAAUGCAAAGUUCUGUGUUUAAUUUCUUCAAAAUGUAUAUAUUUAGUGCUGCAUCUUAUAGCACUUUGAAAUACCUCAUGUUUAUGAAAAUAAAUAGCAAUUAAAUGA